CUACAUCUACCUUUCCAACAUCAGAACCAACAUCAGAACCAACAUGGCUGCCAUAAUGACUAACUGAUGUGACAAUCGAUGGUGCUCCAAUUGUUUUAUAAAUGUUAUACAAAGAAUCUACAUGUUAAUAAUCAAGUGAUAGAGUGAAUUGUAGUAGUUGAGUUGAACGAUGAGUUUUUCGGUGAAGAAGACGGGUGGGCGGAUGUGGCACGAGGCCAGGAAGCAGGAGAAAAAAAUUCGGGGGAUGCUGGUCGAUUACCGUCGACGGGCUGAACGUCGGAGGGAUUAUUAUGAAAAAAUCAAAUCUGAUCCCACACAAUUUCUUCAACUUCAUGGACGACCCUGCAAGAUACACUUGGAUGCGGCUAUUGCAGCGGCCGGGGACAGCCCAGCAAACAUGAUGCCCUGGCAGGGUCACGAGGACAACCUAAUCGACAGAUUCGACGUCCGCGCCCACCUGGACUGGAUCCCCGAGCCCCCCAACACAAUCGACAUGGACGUGGCCCUGACGAGUGAGGACAGACACAUAAACUACGAGCGCUACCGCAUAAUCGUGCAGAACGAGUUUCUCGGUGUAACCGAGGAGAAGUUCCUCCACCAGAUCCACCUGGAAGAGCAGUUUGGCUCCUCCACGAAGCCGGACUCAAUAAAGGACAAGAAGAAAUCGAGUAACAACGCAGCAAUUGGCUACAACUACGAGACAGACGAGCCCAUUCAAGAGGCCAUUCGUCCGGACGCAAACUCCUCGGAAGAAAAACCUGACGACGAGGACAGUGAUAUAGACCUGGACAUCUGCGUCGACGUCUCCCAGAUCGAGCCCUCGCAGGCGCACGAGAUGAACCAAGUGGCGCAGAAGUACGGUCUCAUGGGGGCUGACUACUUCAGCUUCCUGACGCAGGACUUUGAGGAAGCUGAGACCCUCAGACAAGCCAGGAAGCAGGAGGAGGAGAAGGCCAUGUACUCCGGGAGGAGAUCCAGGAGGGAGCGUCGGGCCUUCAGAGAGAAGAAGAUGAUUGGGAGGGUGAUGAGUCCCCCCAGUUAUGCGGCUCGAGAGAGCCCAGAGUACAAUCCCUACAGGAAGUCAUCCUCCAAGUCUCGAUCCAGAUCUGCUUCGCCAGUGAAUGCUGGACAGAUUACUUACAUCACGAGCUUUGGGGGGGAGGAGGAGGCGCAGGGGAGUUGCUCCCAGGUGACGCCCUCGACUGCCAAGAAAGUCAAUUAUUCACACUUGAGGAGGAGGAGGUCGGAGAGUCCUGUGAAUGAUCGAGCGAGGAGGAUCAGCAGGUCGAGGUCUAGGAGUCGAUCCAGAAAUCGAUCGAGGUCGUACAGGUCGAGGGACAGGAGGCGGAGUGUUUCUAGGUCCAGGAGGAGGAGGGGAUCCAGGAGGUUCAGGUCGAGGACGAGGAGCAGGUCGAGGAGGAAUAGGUCCAGGCACAGGAGGAGCAACAGCAGGUCGAGGUCGUCGUCCUCGUCCAGGUCGAGGUCGAGGGGCAGGCGGUCUAGGAGCACCUCCUCCAGCAGUAGGUCGAAGUCUAGGAGCAGGUCGAGGAGCAGAUCCACUGGGGAGCGGAGGAAGGUGCGGUAUUCCAAGAGCAAGAGCAGGUCGAGGUCCAGGAGUAAGAGCCCGGCGAGGUCCAAGUCGAGGUCCAAGAGCAAGACGAGGGGGAGCGUUGCUAGGAGGUCACGGAGUCCUGAGAAUAAGACUUCUGCGUUGCCCAGGUAUUAUGGUCGACGCGGGAAAUCGUCGAGUUUAGAGCUUGAAUUGUCUGAUAACGAGGACAAGAAUUUGCAUGAUGCACCAAAACCACCAAAUAUUAGUACAAACGUGAACAAGCCAAAAGCAGGGUUAAGUACAAAUUCUGGUGCCGGACACAAAUCGGUGAAAAUCACACCUCAGGAGCGGCUUAAGAAGAAGAUGCAAGCCUUGUUGAAUCGUCAAUAUAAAGCUGAUAAAAAAGCUGAACAGGCAAGAAUUGAAAAGAUGGAACAACAGAGACAAGAUCGUGAGGAUGAAAUUCGAGAAAUGUCUUUGAAACUGAGAAGAAAACAACGUGAACGAAGGCACAGAUACGAAGGCCACAGUUCAGACUCCCGCUCGUCAUUAUCAAGAUCUCCAAGCCCUGUGCGAACUCCACCACGAAGACGAGAAAGACGUGAUCGUGAUUCGAGAAUAGAUGUUGAUAAUGAUCGAGACAGGACAAGAGAUCGAGAGAAAGAUAGAGAGAGAGAACGUGAUAGGGAUAGGGACAGAGACAGAGACAGGGAGAGGGAUAAAGAGCGAGAUCGGUACGACGACAGGGAGAAGAGUCGACAGGACUCUAGGAGACGACAUCGUGACUCCUCUCCACGAUCGCUGAGUCCUCGAAGUAAUAACAGGGGACUAGUCGACUAUUGAAGCAAACACAAAUCAACAUUACACCCGAGGAAUGCCAAUAAAUCUAUUAAAUCUCUCACUCUAAUUGAACUUUUAUCAUCUUCCUAAAAUUGUUGCUAGAUCAGUAAGAAAUUUUUUUGAACCACGAGGGCUCAAUUUAUUGUAGAGUCCUUGGGGUCUAGAUCGGCGUUGUGUUUUUUUCACAAUAAAGUAUAUACCAGGA